GAGCCCCAGGAUAGCUUCCCUGGUUGUUCCCCGAGUUGCAAAUUGAUAUACUAUUUAAAAUAAAACCCACGGUGUCACCACAGCCCCACUGGCCUUUUCAUUCUCACGCAAGAUAACAAAAGUACGUUACUUGAAAGAAGACCGAAUCCCAAACAAAAGUGCUCUAUAGCGUAUAUGGCGCUCUACAUAGUGCACUCUGUACGCAUUUAGGAUUGAGCCUAGCAACAGCCUCGCGCGCUUGGAAGCCGGAAGUUUGUUUCUGGUCUCCGCGAAUGACACAAGCGCAGGAGGAGGGGAGCGAGGAUUAGACUCUCCGCCGCAACAGCGCUGUUUUAUACUAGGGAGAAAUUCUCAAGCAGGAUGGGAAAUACCGAUUCAAAGCUGAAAUUUCGAAAAGCGGUGAUACAACUGACCACGAAAACUCAGCCAGUGGAAGCCACAGAUGAUGCCUUCUGGGACCAGUUUUGGGCUGACACUGCCACCUCAGUCCAGGAUGUAUUCGCCCUUGUGCCAGCCGCAGAGAUCCGAGCAGUGAGGGAGGAAUCACCCUCCAAUCUGGCAACCCUGUGUUAUAAGGCAGUGGAGAAGCUGGUGCAAGCAGCAGAAUCAGGAUGCCCCAGCGAGCAAGAGAAGCAGGUUGUGCUGAACUGCACACGCAUUCUUAGCCGUAUCCUGCCCUACAUCUUCGAAGACCAGGAUUGGAGGGGCUUCUUUUGGUCCACCGUCCCCGGGGCUGGACGAGCUGGACAGAUGGAUGAGAUGGACGACGAUGACGAUGGAGCACGGCCGCUGGCGGAGUCUCUGCUUUUGGCCAUCUCCGACCUGCUCUUCUGUCCUGAGUUCACCGUGCAGAGCCAUAAGAGAGGAGGACCUGAUUCACUGGAGGAUAUGCAGUCGCUGGACAGUUGCGAGUACAUCUGGGAGGCAGGGGUGGGCUUUGCACAGUCGCCACCCCUCAAUUACAUCCAUGAUCUCAACAGGACUGAGCUGUUGAGGCUGCUGCUGACUUGUUUCUCUGAGGCCAUGUACUUGCCGCCAUCUUCAGACGGUAACAUCAUCAAUCCCUGGGUCACUUUCUUUUGCUCCACUGAGAAUAGGCAUGCCCUGCCUUUGUUUACUUCCCUGAUCAACGUGGUGUGUGCAUAUGACCCGGUGGGCUACGGCAUUCCUUACAACCACCUGCUGUUCUCUGACUACCGGGAGCAGCUGGUGGAGCAGGCAGUGCAGAUCCUCAUCGUCACUCUGGAGCAUGAGAACGCUCAGCCUCAGCGCGCUCCCUCCCCCUCCAGCAUGGACGAGCAGGAUUCUGCAGGCCCACAAAACCUGUUUGUGAACUACCUGUCCAGAAUUCACAGAGAGGAGGAUUAUGACUUUGUGCUGAAAGGCCUGGCUCGCCUGCUCACUAACCCGCUCACUCAGACCUACCUGCCCAACUCCACCAAGAAGAUCCAGUUCCACCAAGAGCUUCUGGUCCUCUUCUGGAAAUUUUGUGAUUUCAACAAGAAAUUCUUGUUCUUUGUUCUGAAGAGCAGUGAUGUGCUGGAUGUUCUGGUGCCUAUUCUCUACUAUUUGAAUGAUGCCAGGGCUGACCAGUCCCGUGUUGGUCUCAUGCACAUUGGUGUGUUCAUUUUGCUGCUGCUGAGUGGGGAGAGGAAUUUCGGGGUGCGUCUGAACAAACCGUACUCUCUUCGAGUCCCAAUGGAUAUUCCAGUGUUCACCGGCACACAUGCUGACCUCCUCAUUGUAGUUUUCCACAAGAUCAUUACAAGUGGCCAUCAGCGUCUGCAGCCACUCUUCGACUGCCUGCUCACCAUUGUAGUGAAUGUGUCUCCUUACCUGAAGAGUCUGUCCAUGGUGGCAGCCAAUAAGCUCCUGCAUCUUCUGGAAGCCUUCUCCACCAAUUGGUUCCUGUUCUCUGCUGCUCAGAACCACCACUUGGUCUUCUUUUUGCUGGAGGCCUUUAAUAACAUUAUCCAGUACCAGUUUGAUGGCAACUGUAACUUGGUAUACGCCAUCAUCCGCAAGCGCAACGUCUUUCACCAGCUUGCCAACCUGCCCACUGACUCUGCAUCCAUCCAGAAGGCACUGCAAAAGAAGAGGAAAUCUCCUGAUGCUAUCUCUCGCACUAACUCCCAGGAGACAAUUUCCAUGGAGGGAUCUCGGCCAGCCGUACCUGCCGAGCCGGGCACGCUGAAGACCAGCCUUGUGGCCAUGCCAGGUAACAGCCUGACCAUUCCUUUAUGGCAGUGGAACUCAUUACUCGAAGGAAGUAUUGAUAAACUAACAGAGAAGUCCCAAGUAUCGGAGGAUGGCACCAUGGUCACAGUGCCAAAGACAGAAACUCCUCACUCACCGGAACAUGGUGUCUUGAGUGGGGCCAGCGACACAGAGUCCAACUCUGGAAGAGACAACGAGGACGUCUUCUACACAGAGGCAGAAAUGGUGAGGAGACGUCUGUCAAGUGCAUCAUCAGCUGCCACAUACUGGGUCCCAACACCAGAGUGGGUCCUGUCCUGGAAGAGCAAGCUCCCUCUACAGACCAUCAUGCGCCUGCUGCAGGUCCUGGUGCCCCAAGUGGAGAAGAUCUGCAUUGACAAGGGCUUGACAGAUGAAUCAGAGAUCCUAAAAUUCCUCCAGCAUGGUACUCUUGUGGGGCUUUUGCCUGUGCCUCACCCUAUUCUGAUCAGAAAAUACCAGGCCAAUGCAGGCACCGCCAUGUGGUUCCGCACAUACAUGUGGGGUGUCAUUUAUCUCCGCAAUGUGGACCCGCCAAUCUGGUACGACACAGAUGUUCGUCUCUUUGAGAUCCAGAGAAUGUAGAAGGGCGGAUCCAUGAGCUGCCUGUCAUUGACUGAAUAGAGGGCUGGUUGGUGAUUUCACGUCUCUCACUCCAACACCCAUUUAAAAGCUUAGUCUUCAAUUUCAGUGCAGUGCUGUAUCCUCACCGGUAAACCCUCACCGGUAAACCCUCACCGGUUUACUCCAGUAAUAUGGAAAAAGACGUUUUUGUCUAAACCCUAAAGGAUUCAGUGACUCGGAAAAUCUGUACCAGUCUUCAUGGCUCACUGAGUUGGCAUCUGUGAAUGAUUGGAACGGCUGGUGUUCAAAUGAUAAUGUUUCUACAUUUAGCUCAGUCUUUUGAUAAGACCAUAUAAUGUCCAGCUGCUUAAACCAUUGAGAAUCUCUCACUGUGGAUGUAUGAAUGACUUUCCUACCGUAUGAACUGCCACUGUAUAUAAAAGCAUAUAUAUAUAUAUAUAUAUAUAUAUAUUUGAUGGAUGCAUAUUUGAAAGUCUAAUGAGUUUGGUCGCGUGUAGUAAAGUAGUGAGUGGCUUUAGUAGGGCUAGUGUGACCAUGGGCAUUGACUGUGACUGUGUUGCUAUGCACAUGCCACUAGAAGGCAGCGUAACUACAGCUAUCUCUUUUUGCUUGUUCUGUAGGUUGUCUAAUCUUGACUUGUGGUUAACAGAGAAAUGUCCACAUUCCUACUCGCUCUCAUUUUCAGGUUAACAUUUCAUGGAACACUAACAGACUGGCAAAUAUUUCAGCUAGUAACGGUCCACAUGUUUCACCAGUAUUCAACUGUAAACAAAUUAUUAGCUAUGUGCUGAUGAGAAUCAUUUAUGGUGACCUGAUAUUACUAUUUUUGUCUGCAUAUCAGAUUUGCUAAUGAGAUGAUCUAAUGUAUAUACUGUGCUUAAUGUUUAAAGUAACAUUUUUGUCGCUAUAUAUAUAAACAUAAUCUAUGCUGAGCUUAAAAUCAUGAUGUCUUGUGAAUCAUUUUGCAUGGUUACAUGGUCAGCCACACCUAAUUUGUCUUCACAAUUUCCUUGUUUUAAACCUGGGAACAGACAUUUGGUGCCUCUUUAUAACAUACUAAUAAUGAGAGUUACGGAUAGAAAAAGGAAGUGACAAGUGUUUAGUGUGGUUUUGUAAUCAUUGGAAUGUUGUGUCAUCAUGUAUGGGAAAAACCAGGGAUGGGAACAACAUUGGGAAUGUUUAGAUUGGUGUGUGGCUGCGUGUCACAUAAUAUAAGCACAGGAAGUGUUUGUUACAUCAGGUUCUUUCAUUUGAUUUCAUUUGUAAUUGAACAGCAUGUCCCCUCAGAUACUGCAUUUACGCACAGUAUGGACAGGAAACAUUAAACAGGCCUUAGUGAGUGUUAUCUGUUUGCUUUUUUUUUUUUCUUUUGUUCCACUCUGUGUGGAGACACCAAUAGAAAUUAUAAUUGAGUCCAUGCAAGGCUAUUUAGUUUUAUUAGUGUUAAAGUGCAUUUUUCAUAUUGGAAGUAUGAAUAUUUGUACUUCUGAAUGUGUAUAAAGUUUUUAUAUCAAAUAUUUUAAG